UGUUGACUAACUACUAUAGUGUAACUCAGGGUAAGCUACACGCAGUGACACACAGCUGUGCUUGAUACACCGAAAGUUUUUCUAAUUAUCAGCGGCACUGGAGCCUCAUCCGUACGCGUCUCGACGCGGCCUCGUUCAGGCAGCUGCGUAUCCCGACCAUCAUCAUUCCUCGCGACAGAUCGAGUCGCAUCGUCGAAGGAGUGGACAGACUCCAGAAGUAGGAAAAAUGAGUAGAUCGCAAAUGACAACGAUGAAUGGAAAGAGGCCCUCCUCAGUAUCCUCUAGACAUCAGCCAGAGACUCAGUCGCAACAUAAUGACUUGAUUACCUAUAUCUGUGAUUCUUGGAAUUCUGUAUCUAGAGAGCUAGAUAUGUGUCAUAAUCAAUCACAUAGUAAUUCUGCUAAUUAUAGAAAUGGAGCAUCAGUUACAUAUUAUCAAGAACGUGAACCAAAUCCACAUUUGAAAGAUUUUGAGCCUUUCAAUUUGGAGGCAUGGUGGGGACAGCGUGUUGUGCAAAGUAUCACUAGGAACACAAAUUCCUAGUGCCAGGCCCAACAUGCAGACUAUAAUCGAACAUUCUCAAACAGAUAUAAGAAACAGAAAAGAUAAAUUGGGAAUUAACAAAUUCAAUCUUUGUUUUUAUUUAUAAGAUUUAUUGUAAAUUCAAAACUGAUGAAAAAUAUGAUAGCUAGGAUAUAUAUAUAUAUCUCUACUUAUGUAUCUCAAAAAUGACUUUGGAAUCUUUUGAUAAAGAAAAGAGGGGAAAACAGAUAAUAAGAAGGAUCGAUGAACUUAGCAAGAAAUUAGAAAGCACGAGGAGCAAAGAGAAAGAGAAAUAUAUAUAAUAAUACAGAGGCAUAAAGGUUUAUGCAUAUAUUGCUAAGUGAUUUAUUUGAAACGUGACGAAACAUUCCCCUUAUUUUCAAUUGUAUUUCAAUGAAAUAUUAACCUUCUCUUGAUUUUUUUAUAAGCA